UGUGACCUUUCAACCGCCCGGGGUCAGAGGUUGCGAGCAAAAUGGCGGCGGCUGCUGAGGGGGAGAGCGUUGGCGGCGCCCGGCGGGCGCGCUGCUGAGGGGAGCCUGCGCCGUGCCGGUGGGCCGCCCCUGCCCUCCAUGCCGGCCGGCCCCAGCCGACUGCCCCGGAGGAGAACCAGCCGCGGGAGCCCCGAGCAGUGCCCGCGCCCGCAGCGACCAUAAGGCCCGGGCCGCGGGGGGUUCUGCGGUGCCGCCUGCGCUCCCCUUCCAGGCCCACUCGCCCCCCGGCACCGCCUGUCAGCCGAGGCUGUCCCUGAAGCGGGGACCCCUCGGCCGUGCCCGCCCGGCCGCGGCCUUCCCGAGUCGGUAGCUCCCACCUGCGCUGCCCGUUGAGACGGUUGAUUUACGCAGCUUCUGCGGAAGGGGAGCAGGCAGCGCCUCCGAACUGGUAUCGUACCCUCAGUGGAGAGAGGGGUUGCGUGCUGCGGUCGUAAAAGGUUAUGUAGAAAGACUGAAUGUUAUUUGUCUUAUAACUAUGGUGCUUACUUGAGCCGAAGAUGCCUGGCUGUUGGGAGUCACAGACCCACUGGGGAGAUGAGUGAUCAAAUACAACCUGACACAGGGAAAACUCGAAGAACCCAUCGAGUGAGGAUGCUGUUGAUGCCAGUCUGACAGUCAGCAGUGUGUGACUAGUGCGGCUGUUCAGGAUGAAUAGGAAGAAAGGAGACAAAGGAUUUGAGAGCCCAAGACCGUAUAAAUUAACUCACCAAGUAGUUUGUAUCAACAACAUAAAUUUUCAGAGAAAGUCUGUUGUAGGUUAUGUGGAACUGACAAUAUUUCCCACAGUUGCAAACCUGAAUAGAAUCAAACUGAACAGUAAACAGUGCCGGAUUUACAGAGUAAGAGUCAAUGAUUUAGAAGCAGCUUUCAUCUAUAACGAUCCAACGCUGGAGGUUUGUCACCAUGAGUCAAAGCAGAGGAAUCUCAACUAUUUUUCCAAUGCCUACGCUGCCGCAGUCAGUGCUGUGGACCCAGAUGCUGGAAAUGGAGAACUCUGCAUUAAGGUUCCCUCGGAGCUGUGGAAACAUGUUGAUGAGUUAAAAGUCCUGAAGGUGCAUAUAAACUUUUCUCUGGACCAGCCAAAAGGAGGCCUUCAUUUUGUGGUACCCAACAUGGAGGGCAGCAUGGCAGAAAGAGGGGCUCAUGUCUUUUCAUGUGGUUAUCAAAAUUCUACAAGGUUUUGGUUUCCUUGUGUUGAUUCAUAUUCUGAGUUGUGUACCUGGAAACUUGAAUAUACUGUAGAUGCUGCAAUGGUGGCUGUUUCAAACGGAGAUUUGGUGGAAACUGUAUAUACCCACGAUAUGAGAAAGAAGACUUUUCAUUACAUGCUGCCUAUUCCAACUGCAGCUUCUAACAUCUCCUUGGCAAUAGGACCUUUUGAAAUCCUUGUUGAUCCAUACAUGCAUGAGGUGACUCACUUUUGCUUACCACAACUUCUCCCAUUGCUCAAACAUACCACGUCAUACCUUCAUGAGGUGUUUGAAUUUUAUGAGGAGAUUCUUACCUGCCGCUAUCCAUACUCCUGUUUCAAGACUGUUUUUGUAGAUGAAGCUUAUGUUGAAGUAGCUGCUUAUGCAUCCAUGAGUAUUUUCAGCACAAAUCUCUUACACAGCGCAAUGAUUAUAGAUGAAACUCCACUGACAAGGAGGUGCUUAGCACAGGCCCUGGCCCAGCAGUUCUUUGGAUGUUUUAUAUCCAGAAUGUCCUGGAAAAUUUUGGUAAUUGUCGGUGCAGAUGUAAUCUUGGUUGCUAAGGUAGAUUUUAAGUUUCGUUCCAUAAAAUACAAAACGGGGAGCUGGUUUUCUUAUUUUAUUUUCUUUUUCAGCCCUGCAUCGCAUUUACAUUUUUCUAUCAAACACCCUCACACACUGUCCUGGGAAUAUUACACUAUGUUCCAGUGUAAAGCUCAUCUUGUUAUGAGACUGAUUGAGAACAGGAUUAGCAUGGAGUUCAUGUUACAGGUUUUCAACAAGUUGUUGAGUCUGGCCAGCACUGCUUCAUCUCAGAAGUUCCAGUCACAUAUGUGGAGUCAGAUGUUGGUUUCCACAUCUGGGUUUUUGAAAUCUAUCUCAAAUGUCUCUGGCAAAGACAUCCAACCUUUAAUAAAGCAGUGGGUUGACCAGAGUGGAGUGGUAAAAUUUUAUGGUAGCUUUGCAUUUAAUAGAAAACGGAAUGUAUUGGAAUUGGAAAUAAAACAAGACUACACGUCUCCUGGGACUCAGAAAUACGUGGGUCCUCUUAAAGUGACAGUGCAAGAACUUGAUGGAUCAUUCAACCACACAUUGCAGAUUGAAGAAAACAGUCUUAAACAUGAUAUACCUUGCCAUUCUAAAAGCAGAAGAAAUAAGAAGAAGAAGAUUCCAUUGAUGAACGGAGAAGAGGUGGACAUGGACCUUUCUGCUAUGGAUGCUGAUUCCCCUUUGCUCUGGAUAAGAAUAGACCCUGAUAUGUCAGUACUGAGGAAGGUAGAAUUUGAACAAUCUGAUUUCAUGUGGCAGUAUCAGCUUCGAUAUGAGAGAGAUGUGGUUGCACAAGAAGAAGCCAUUCUAGCAUUGGAAAAGUUCCCUACUCCAGCAUCACGACUUGCACUGACUGAUAUACUAGAACAGGAGCAAUGUUUCUACCGAGUGAGAAUGCUGGCCUGCUUCUGCCUUGCAAAGAUUGCAAAUUCCAUGGUAAGUACGUGGACAGGACCACCAGCCAUGAAGUCACUCUUUACCCGAAUGUUUUGUUGUAAGACUUGUCCAAAUAUUGUGAAGACCAACAACUUCAUGAACUUUCAAAGCUACUUUCUGCAAAAGACUAUGCCUGUUGCCAUGGCCCUUCUGAGGGAUGUUCACAACCUCUGUCCUAAGGAGGUUUUAAUGUUUAUUUUGGAUUUGAUCAAGUAUAACGAUAACAGGAAGAAUAAGUUUUCAGACAACUACUAUCGUGCUGAGCUGAUUGAUGCCCUAGCCAACUCUGUAACUCCUGCAGUCAGUGUGAACAAUGAAGUUCGAACAUUGGAUAACUUAAAUCCUGAUGUUCGGCUUAUUCUUGAGGAAAUUACCCGUUUCCUAAAUAUGGAGAAGCUUCUUCCCAGUUACAGGCACACCAUUACAGUCAGCUGUUUAAAAGCUAUUCGGGUGCUGCAGAAGAAUGGUCAUGUCCCAAGUGAUCCUGCUCUCUUCAAGUCAUAUGCAGAAUAUGGGCACUUCAUAGAUGUCCGAAUAGCAGCAUUGGAGGCUGUUGUUGAUUACACAAAAGUUGAUAGGAGCUAUGAAGAACUACAGUGGCUGCUUACUAUGGUUCAGAAUGAUCCUGUACCCUACAUAAGGCAUAAGAUUCUGGAUAUGCUCACUAAGAAUCCACCUUUUACGAAGAACAUGGAGUCCCCUUUAUGUAAUGAAGCUUUGGUAGAUCAGCUUUGGAAACUGAUGAAUUCAGGAACUUCACAUGACUGGAGAUUACGAUGUGGUGCUGUGGACCUCUAUUUCACACUUUUUGGCCUCAGCAGACCUUCUUGUUUACCAUUACCAGAGCUUGGACUUGUUCUUAAUCUGAAAGAAAAGAAGGCUGUACUUAAUCCAACGAUUAUCCCCGAAUCAGUUGCAAAUAAUCAGGAACCUGUGAAUAGUACUAACAAUCACGGACAGUCAGUAGGAUUUCAGAACACCGAGGAUGAUCAUCUUAUUAAGGAAACAGCAUCCAGCAUUUCUGGUCAUCAGCAGGGGGUGAAGAGGAAGGCUGAUAUGCCACUCGGGUCUCCAUUGGAGCCAGGGCAAAUACUAGAGAAGAAUGAAGACAGUAAAGUCAAACUCAAAAUCAGAUUCUCAAACUCUCAAGAAGAGGAGGAAAUUGAUAUGGACACGGUUCAUGACAGUCAAGCCUUUAUUUACCAUCAUUUGAAUAUGUUGGAGAGGCCAUCCACACCAGGUAAAGAACAGUCUUCGGGAGAGAUGAACAUGCACCCGGUCUCAGCAGCGCCGAUGUCUGUGUUUAGCAAAGAAUCAAACUCCUCAAAACAUAGUGAUCACCAUCACCAUCACCACCAUGAGCACAAGAAAAAGAAGAAGAAACACAAGCAUAAGCACAAGCAUAAACAUAAACAUGAUAAUAAAGAAAAGGAAAAGGAUCCCUUUGCUUUCUCUAACAGUCCAGCCAGUGCACGAUCAAUCCGUUCCCCGUCACUUUCAGACUGAUGUCGGUGGCUUCUCUGGAGUUGAACUUGCAAUAUUCCCUGAAUACUUAGAAGGAUGUAUAUAACUAAAGCUUCUAUCUUUUUUUAUGGAAAUAAGAAUAUGUGAAUUGCCUUAGCAAUUCAGAAGCUCUGCCACCAUCCUUGUUUGAAGCCUUCUAUUUGCAUAUGCGGUUGUUGAAAUAAUCUGAUUCAAAAAAUAUGUUUUAUGAUUCUGAGUCAUUUUGUAUUUCACUCUUCUCCACACCCCUCACACUUUUUUCCAUUUUAAACAAAGAAAACAGCCCUUUAUGUGAGGGCCCCGUGUCCACUGGCAACCCCCUGCACAUCGUGCUGACCAUGUGUACUGCCAGAAUCAAUUAUGUUUUAAUCCUUUGAAGAAUGUUAUGAGGCAGGGUAUGUUUUAAGCAGAAGCCAAUUGCCAGACCUUUGGUGAAGUGCUGUUUCCAGCGUAGUAUUGUAUAACCAAGCGUAGACCUCCUGAGAAGACAGGGAUUUUCUGUAGUCUACAGUUGAGCUGUUUCUUGCUUUAACCAUUGCAAUGUAAUGUCAGAAUUUUAAGAACAGUAUACGGAACAUUUGCCUUUUUCAGGUACUAAAACUCUUCAAAAAUUCCAAGCUGCUUUUAAGCUGCAGGUAUUUAUUAUGAACAUGACCCUUCGAAUAUAAUGACAUUCUGCAAUUAUGUUUUUGGAAUUUUAGCAAAAUGCUUAAUGCAUGUUUUGUCCUGUAAUCAGGCUUUUAAAAAUCCAAUAAAGUUUGCAAAUUAUUUUGACAGAGGCAGAUUUUUUUCUUCAAGCUUGACAUUGGAAUAUAAUUCUGAAAGAUGGCUUUGCUAAAAGUAAAAAAAAUAUUUUUGAAAAGCUUAAAAAUUAAAAGAUUGAAAAAAUAUAUAUUUCCUCCUGCUGAGGGGUGGUUUUUUCAGAAGCGUUCUAUACGAUCAGCUCAUGAAUCCACAGGAGAAAUACAUUAGUAGAUUAACCUAGGUCUGGGACUUUGAAUGACGGAUACAUUUAAAUUUCUUCAGCUGUGUUUUAUGCAGUGUACUCUUUACAUCCAGCAUUUUUUUUUAUUUAAAAACUUAAGUUUUUAGAAGUUUUGAUAAUGGAGAGAAAUCAUCUCUGCCACUUUUUAUGUGUUUUCUUUAUUUGUGUGUAGAGGCAGGGGGUUUAUUUCCAUGCACUGGUUGACUUCUGUUGCCCAGAGUUCACUUCACGUUUAGCUUUCUAGAAGAUGGUAUUCGGGUUAAACGUUUUUUAAAUUUUUUUUUCCCAAAUUCCUGUGUGAGACUGAUUCUCCUUCUUAGGGUAAAGAGAGAAAGUUCAACAGGGACCCAAGAAGACUUUUUUAAGCCAUAUUCUAUUUCAUGAAAGUUAAUAAAUACUUUUAUAUUAUAUACCUGCUGUUGAAUCCUGUAGUUUUUGUAAUAACAAAUUAUCUGUAGAAUGGAAAGCUGAUAGACUGAGGUGUUUUGUAAUACGCAUAUACUUUGUUAUUCAAACGCCAUAUGCCUUUAUUACUGUUGUGCUACUAGUUGUGCUAAUCGUUGUACUCGGAACACGUGUUAAGGUGUAUUUGGGCUGGAUUCGGGCGUGCUGGACCUGGGCAGCGUCGCAGCCUCUCUCCUUGGGGGAUGUGGUGCCCAUCUGCUGCCACGCCAGCAGCUCUUCGCCCUAGGCGAAGCCCACCUUGGUGGGAUCUCUUUCCUCUCUGCAGUGACUGUGAGCUCUUACAGCUUAGAUGAGCUGAAGGUGCAGCAGGAAGAGGACACCCAAGCGUGGGUAGAAGGAGGAACUGAUGUGUGUUGGGUAGACCAGCCAUGUGUGCAGCUCAGUUUGCCACCUCUCUUGGGCCAGCGGACCGUGAAUCACAGGGAGAGGUGGGGAGGCUACAGCAAUAGCUCCGUGGAAAUAUUUCUAGGUGUUUUUCCCUUGGCUAAGGAGUGAAGUAAUGCUGCCAAAGGUGUUUGUGGGAGACCUGGGCUAGUAAGCAAUGAAAGCUGGCAUUGUUUGGGAGAGCGAAGGCAAAUGCGUUUAUGUUUUAAAAAUGAGGUCAUGGAUAAUUUAGGCUGGUGUAGUUUCUGCUUUUGGAGACGGGGAUUUACACUCUUAGGCUGAGGGGAAACAUAUUGUCUAGUGAUACGGGCACAGAACGGAAGCAGAGCUGUAACGUGGUAAUUCCACCAUCGUAUAUUUGGCUGUAUGACUUUUAAGUGAACUAUUGAAUAUAUGUAAAGGAAAUAAGUUGAAGACACCGUUAAGAGAAAAUUGGAGGGGAAAAAAAAAAAUCUGAAAAGACUUUUCCAGUGCAAUUUCUGAGGUUAUGUCAUGGUUCAGAAUAUCCCUUAAUGUGUUUGCUGGACUACAAAGUCAGUUUGAGGUCUGCAGGUGGUACGGCGUGGACAGGCAGCGCUCGCAGGCUGGCGGGUGUGCUCGCGAUUCGCAACAGCUGGGCAGAUUGCACAGGUGAUCCUAAAGCAACAAACUAAAAUUCAGUAGGAAUGAACGUGAAAUACUGAACUUGAGGGAAAAUUAAACGCGUGAAAGCAAGCCGUUCCCCCCCGACCUUGCAAGACACAGUGAGGAAAAAGAGCGUGGGGCUGCACAGAGGCGAGCAACGUGGGGCUAUGGCAAAAAGCAAAAUUCACCUAAGGGUUAGCAGGAAUUUUUUAUGUAAGAUAUGUAAGAUGUGAAAGCGCCAGGGAUUUUGGGCAACACAUUUUGAGAAAUGGCUGGGCAAAUUCCCCCAAAUGGAAACAACAGAUAACAUUGCAUGUAAGAAAAAAAGAAAAAAAAAAAAAAAACCAACAACAAGGGGAACUGCGUGUUCUCGGUCUAGAAUAAAAGAAGUCCGAAGAGGGAACUCUCCCUUCUAAUACCUAAAAGAUUGCUACGAGAAAUGUUUAUCGAUUGUUCUUGGUGUUUCCUGUGGGAAGGCAGGGAUCAGCUGUAUUUGCAAAAAAAGAUAGUCUUGUUCAAUGUUAAGAUGGAAAAUAUAACAGGCACCUAAUUGUGAUGUAAAAGCUCUUUUCUUGUAGAUUUUUGAGCAGCGGGUUGCAGAGGUCUGCAGGGGAUGUUUAGGGGAUGCUGUGCCCUGCCACAGCGCGGGGACCUCACUGCUUUAGUUCCUUUUCGUCAUUCCUUUGAUCUUCCAGGUUUGUCGGCGCAAUUACUGCGGUGGCUCCCGGGGUGUGACGGGCACUCGUGGGAGCCUUAGGAAACAGAGGUCCUCGCACCCAUUGCACCGUAGCUUGGGUUUUUCUUCUACUGAGAAAUCAAUUGAUGACUACUUACAAGUUAUAACCUGACAGCAGCUCAAGUUUAAACUUUAUCUGGGCGGUGGCUUAAGCUCUUUAUCCUCGCCACCUUCACAGCUCGCAGGCUGGCUGUAACCUGUGCAGUUGAUUUUGGUCCGAGUUCUGAGUUUCAGUUAAGACUUCUGGUGUAUAGCGCGCUGUCCUUGAAACUAAAGGAGAAAUAAUUGAUUUAGGUGGGAUAGUAACUAAAUGCUGGAAGAAGACGCGUUACACAUACAAAGCAGAAAUGCAUGUGUUGUUGAAAAUGUGCAAAGAGGUCAAAGUCUGGAGAUUUUAUUUUGACAUCUCAGUUCAUGAAUUCCUUUAUUUUGUUCAUUAUAAACACUAUAAUGCACACAAGUGUAGGGCAAAUAUCUAGUAUUAAAAGACCUAUAUGCAUUUUUAAUGCAGACUCUUCGUUUAUCUUGGGGUUCUUUUCUUUAUUUCUCAGCAUAAUUAUAGAAUAAAAUGUCCAUGAAGUAACUGCCGCAUCCCUUAGAUUUGUAGACAUGCUCACGUCUCUAAUUAGGAUGCGGCUUCUUUCCUUGGGUGUCCGAGUAAGCCUUUGCGCUUUGGUGGGUUGGCUGCCAGGCGCUGUGGGUCUGUCCUGGAGCUGUGGGGGAAGGACAGCAGGACGCGACUUCCCCGCGUGCUUGGGUGAGCUGGUGCUCUCCUCCCAGCCUGAACUGGGCCGUCCCGUAAAGCACUGCGGCGGGCGGUGGGGUUCGUAUCAGUGACAGCGAGGUACCCUCACACCGUCUGCCUCUUCAGGGUAUACAAGCUGUUCAGUGUUAGUUGAUUGCACAUUUCCAGGAAUCGGGUAAUUUGUGUGAAUUUUAAUAUAAGGAAUUUUUAGUCCUGUCAAUGUAUUUUGAGUUCCUUAAGACAGUUAAGUCACAGAAAAUUAGGAACCUGAUUUUUAAUGCAGCAGCAGUAUUGCAUAGAGGCCCUUAAAAUGCAC